UCCCGCCCCUUGAGGGCGGUCGCCACCGGCGACGGAGUCCCUACGCUACCAACUUCCGCAUUGGCCCACCCAUCGCGAGACUUUGGCGGCGCAGCAAUGGCCAGACCAUGCCGCGACACUGCUCCGCCGCCGGCUGCUGCACACGGGACACGCGUGAGACUCGCAACCGCGGCAUCUCCUUCCACAGACUUCCCAAGAAAGACAACCCCAGGCGCGGCUUGUGGCUGGCCAACUGUCAGCGGCUGGACCCCAGCGGCCAGGGCCUGUGGGACCCGGCCUCGGAGUACAUCUACUUCUGCUCCAAACACUUCGAGGAAAGCUGCUUUGAGCUGGUGGGCAUCAGUGGGUAUCACAGGCUGAAGGAAGGGGCAGUCCCCACCAUAUUUGAGUCUUUCUCCAAGUUACGUCGAACAACCAGGACCAAGGGGCAUGGUUAUCCACCUGAUGUCAGCCAGCUCCGGCGAUGCAGGAAGCGCUGCUCUGAAGGUCAAGGACCCACAGCUCCAUUUUCUCCACCUCCUACUGAUAUCAUCUGCUUCCCUGUGGAAGAAGCCUCAGCACCUGCCACUCUGCCUGUAUCCCCAGCUGUGAGGCUGGAACCUGGCCUUAACAGCCCCUUCUCAGAUCUCCUGGGCCCUCUAGGUGCCCAAGCAGACGAAGCAGGCUGCAGUGCCCAGCCUUCGCCAGAGCGGCACCCCUCCCCUCUUGAACCACGGCCUAUCUCCCCAUCCGCUUACAUGUUACGGCUGCCUCCGCCCGCCGGGGCCUACAUCCAGAAUGAGCACAGCUACCAAGUGGGGAGUGCCUUGCUCUGGAAGAGGAGAGCUGAAGCGGCUCUUGAUGCUCUGGACAAGGCCCAGCGCCAGCUGCAGGCCUGCAGGCGGCGGGAGCAGCGGCUUAGGCUUCGACUGACCAAGCUGCAGCAGGAGCGGGCGCGAGAGAAGCGAGCGCAGGCAGAUGCCCGCCAGACCCUUAAGGACCACGUUCAGGACUUCGCUAUGCAGCUGAGCAACAGCAUGGCCUAGGACACACCAAGGCUCUGGCCGUGCUUCCUCAGAGGCACUUGAUAGGAACUGCAUCCACCAGGCUGGCCAGAAGUCACAAUAAAGUGGAUGCUAGAAAGAGA